AGACUGUGUUCAGCUCCAGUCGGUGAGCAGCAGCAUUCAGCCCUCAUCAGCCUUCAGCGGCUCCUUGUUGUCACGGCUCGGCUCGGCUCGGCUCGGCCCGGAGACGUCGCUGCUUUGCCGGGCCUUUCUCCGCUCAUCAUGGAGUUUUUACUGGGGAAUCCUUUCGCCACGCCGGUGGGACAAAUGAUCGAGCGUGCGACCGGCUCCAGCCUGCCAACUGAAGACUGGGCGCUGAACAUGGAAAUCUGUGAUACGAUCAACAGCUCAGAGGAAGGCCCCAAAGAUGCAGUCAGAGCCAUAAAGAAAAGGAUUGUAGGGAACAAGAACUUCAAGGAGGUUAUGCUGACGCUUACUGUUCUGGAGACCUGUGUGAAAAACUGCGGCUACAGGUUUCACAUCCUGGUGACGACGAGGGACUUCAUAGAAGGAGUUCUGGUCCGGUCGAUCAUCCCGAGGAACAACCCUCCAGCGAUCCUGCACGACCGAGUGCUCAGCAUCAUACAGGCAUGGGCCGAUGCAUUCCGCAGCUCACCCGACCUGACGGGUGUGGUGUCGGUCUACGAAGACCUGCGAAGGAAAGGACUGGAGUUCCCAAUGACCGAACUGGACGGUUACUCACCGGUCCAAGCUUCAAAAAAGACUUUGCCUGGGAAUGGGCCUGCUGUUACUACUCUCCCUGCUGUGCUCCUGUCUUCCAAACCUCCGCUCAUCCCACCUCAGACCUCUGAGCUAAAACUGGCCCUAGAGGGAAGCAAUGCCCUCACUCCCAGCCAGAUAAAAACGCUGAAGACAGAGCUGGGAGUGGUGCGGAGUAACCUGACCAUGAUGUCGGACAUGAUGAGUCAGCUGGAUCCAGUCACGGUAAAACAGGCAGACAUGGAGCUGCUGGAGCAGUUAUACACAGUAUGUAAGGAAAUGCAAGACAGGAUAGUGAAGAUUGUCCCCAGACUCAGUGAGGAGAAGCUGAUAGAAGAGUUACUGGCAACUAAUGAUGAAAUGAACACAGCCUUCACUCGCUACCACAGGUUUGAAAGGCGAAUAACAAAUGGUCAAAGCACAGCACAGAAGAGCCACACAUACGUCAACCUAGCAGACCUCGAUUUGAAAAGUGAAUCUUUCAACCAGUCAGGGGUUGUAACCAGUGACAGCUCACUCAGCCUGUCAAAAACUGACAGUUUGUCCAGUCAGAUGGCAAAACUUAGCACAAGUGAAUCAGAUGAAACAUUAUCACACAGAGUAAAUGUCCUAACUCAACAAAGACCAAGAAACAUUGAAAAACCCAGUAUAACUUCUGUCUAUAAACAACCCUCCCAGCUGUGUGUUGCUUGCGAUCACAGUGAAGUGGACGGCUUGGCUCAAGCUCAAGACGGCAGACUACAAAACACUGGAACGGAUGGCAGUCCAGCGUCCACCCGCAGCUCCUCACCAAAGUUAGAUUGGAUGAUUAAAAGGGGAAUGAUUCCCAUCACCCAGUCCAAUGUAAUGGAUGAUAUUGAGAAAUGGCUGGCGUUGGAUGAUGAGUAUGAUGACUUUGAGGACUCGGAUGGUGUGACCAGUGAAGAAUUUGACAAGUUUUUGGCAGAGAGAGCAAAAGCAGCUGAUCGCUUGCCAUCGCUGAGAGCUUCCUCACAGGACAUCAACCAUUCUGAGUCUUAAGCCAACAAACCUGCCAAACUAACGUUACCCAUGAGGCUCCUGUGCUACCGGCUGGAUAACGGGGAUUCCUGAUUGAUGGAUGGUUCGGUGGCACAUUUGAUGGCAGAAUUAUGACCCAUGUUUAAGGAACUACAUGUGCUCUUUACUGGAGAGCAAACGUGUUUCUAACUGUUAAAAAAAAAAUGUUAUUUGAUGGAGGACUAAAGUUUUUACUUGAUAUUGUUAUGGGGGUUUGUCCAUGAGCAAACAUUUGCACAUUUUAUAUGGUUACAUUCCUGCUGUUGAAGGAGAAAGUGGAUCUUGUUACAAAAAUUUGCAACAUAGAUUAUGUAUUAUAUUGCUGUUAUAUAAAUAUCUAUAUAUAUUGUUGUUGAUUAUGAUGAUGGGUUAAGGAAAAGGCCCCUGUUAAGGUAGCAAACACUAAACUUUUAAGAGAAGCUCAGCUAAUUGUUUAAUGCUUCACAUCGUUAUUGAUGUAGGAUGUUGAAGAGUUUUUUUUUACAUCCAAAUUUUCCCAUGAAAAUGUUUUACUUGAACUUUAAAAGUCAUGACACGCUGCUGUCAUUUAUUAAACUAAAAUUAUUAACUGGA